UGUUUAGUUUUAAUCCUUUUCAUAAACCAACAAGUGAAAAACCUCUCUCUCUUAAAGGACUAGAAGGUGUCAUUGAUCACUCUACAAAAAUAAGCAAGAGUCUUGUUCAAGUGGCAGAUGACAGUCGAGUGGCAUCUAACAACUUGGUCAUGUAUGGUUCUCCUCUUGGUGACGACCUAACUGUAAGUAAAACAAAUGAAAAAAAAGAUUACUAUAGAUUAAACCUAUAUACACUAUAGGACGUAACAAGCAAAAUGGGAAACUUAUUAAGCGAGUGGACAAGUAUCUUAAUGGAGUUUGCAGACAGCUUCGAACAAUACCGCGAUACACUUAAAUCGAUCUCGAUCAAGGAAGCCGCUUUACAACAAAGCCGUGACCAAAAGAAGAAGCUUAAGGAUCAGAUUGAGAAACUCGAGGAUUCGCCCACUGCAAUUGAUCGACUGAAUGCGCUCAAGGAACAGCUCAAGGAACUCGAGGCAUUUACUGAACCAGAUGAAGUUGAAAUGAGUAAUUACAAGAGAAUAGCUACCAGAGAGGCGUUAUACAUCCUGUUGAACGGAAUGCAUGCCAUGUCAAGCAAGACAGACAUCAUUUCAACGUUUGGUAAAUACAUUGUCGACGAACUAGAUACACAACCCAUCAAGCCAGGUGAGGAACGUCCGGCAUACCAGAGUACACACAGAACAAAGCGUAUACAGGACGAUGCUAAACAUGCUAUUCAUGAGUGGAAGCCAGAUCAAGCCAAAUUGAGAAGAACGCUUACGUCGCACCAUGGACAUAACCCACUGAUCGUAAAGAUGAAUAAGGAACUACCUCCUGUGCCUGUUGCCUUGACAGACGGAGAAACAAAACAGCCAAGUCCUUCUUCAUCCGCCUCUGCUUCUUCUAAUCCUAGUCCCUCGGUUAGUGAGCAAUCCGUCAACUUGGAAAAGCAUCAUUCACUCUAUAAACCUGAUGCUGUCGAAAAGACAACAACCACGCCUAGUACUACACACCACCAACCUGUCUUUCACCCACCUGCCUUUAUGAGUCCAUUCAGUCAGCCGUUAAAUCAAGAAAACUUGUAUCAGUUUUAUCAAAACUAUUUACCACCCAAGCCCUAUGAAGAAAUAAGGUCUGCCCUGAGCCCAGUGUUUCAUGAAAAGAAGCAUGAUGUUGGUGGAUUUGUGCUGCCCACAGCAAAUCCUAACUUUGCUCUUAAUAAUACGCGCGAUCAAGAAUAAUACCCCUCUCUUCUUUCCUCUGAAAAGAGGGAGGGAGAGGAAAAUAGACACCCCCUCCGAUGUUACCAUUAUAGAUUCUUUAUAACAAUUCUCCACUUUGUUUAUGUUUGUCCUAAU